AUGUCCACCUACCAGUCCCUUCGAGAUCGCCAGAUAGUGUCGAUCGAGCGCAUCCUCAAUCUCAACCACGUUCCGCAAGAAAGCUCCGAUCUCACAGAGAACACGUCCUCAAGCGGCUUGAUCCCCAAGUCCACUCCGAUCCUCAAUUCAGACGGAGAGCCCAUCUGGAAGGUUCUCGUCUUCGACAACUUGGGAAGAGAUGUCAUAAGCAGCGUACUGCGCGUCAACGACUUGAGGAGUUGGGGGAUAACGAUACAUCUAAAUAUCAAUGGCCAGAGACAUCCUAUCCCAGAUGUGCCUGUAUUGUACCUCCUUGAGCCUACUGCAGCGAACCUCGAGCGCAUCACCAAGGACCUCCAGAAUGGUCUAUAUUCACCCGCAUACAUCAACUUCCUAUCGUCAAUACCACGGCCCUUGUUGGAAGACUUUGCCUCCCAGACAGCGCAAGCCGGCACAUCAGAAAGCAUCAGCCAAGUCUUCGAUCAGUACCUCAACUUCAUCGUCAGCGAACCGAACCUGUUUAGCCUGGGAAUGGGAAAAGAGACGUAUUGGUCGAUGAACAGUGCUCAGACCAGCGACGAGGACAUCGAUGCCAAUGUGGACAGGAUUGUUAGCGGUCUUUUCAGCGUGGCAGUCACAAUGGGCACGAUUCCCAUCAUUCGAUGUCCAAAGGCUGGAGCUGCUGAGAUGAUUGCAGCCAAGCUGGACCGCAAACUACGAGAUCAUAUUCUCAAUUCGAAAGACAACCUCUUCUCCGGCAACCGACCCUCGACAUCACAAGGCGCGCCCUCAUCAUCACGGCCAGUCCUGAUCAUCGUGGAUCGAAAUGUUGACUUGGUGCCCAUGCUGUCUCAUUCCUGGACCUAUCAAUCUUUGAUACAUGAUGUGCUUAGCAUGCAUCUCAACCGCAUCACCGUUGAAAUUCCAGUGGACGAGAACGACCCUGCCAAGGAAACUGUCAAGCGGUCUUACGACUUGAAUGCGAAUGAUUUUUUCUGGAACAAGAAUGCUGGAAUCCCGUUCCCUCAGGUUGCUGAAGACAUCGACGCAGAAUUGACACGAUACAAAGACGAUGCGGCUGAUGUGACGAAGAAGUCCGGGGUGAACUCGAUCGAGGAUUUACAGAACGAGACGAGUGCUUCUGCCCAGCAUCUCAAAGCCGCAAUCACGCUUCUCCCAGAGCUUCGAGAGCGAAAGUCCCUGCUUGAUAUGCACAUGAACAUUGCAACUGCACUUCUCAAGGGUAUCAAGGAUCGGCAGCUUGACAAUUUCUUCCAGCUGGAAGAGGACAUCAAGAAGCAAACCAAGGCACAGAUGCUGGAACUGAUUAACAGCACAGAUAAGGGUAACAAUGCCCAAGACAAGCUGCGCAUCUUCAUCAUCUGGUUCUUGAGCACAGAGACUGAACUCAAACGAUCUGAUAUGGAAUCGUUUGAAGAAGCACUGAAGAAGACUCCCGUCGACACAACACCGCUCACUUACAUUCGACGAGUACGAGAAAUCACGCGAAUGACGAUGAUUUCGUCCGCGCCCACCCAGCAGACACAGCAGUCGUCUGCGUCCAACGACCUUUUUCGAGGAUUCAGCUCCAUCUCGUCACGACUGACGGAUCGAUUCAAAGAUGCCGGUUUGGGAGCUAACUUUGACAACCUCAUCUCAGGAGUCAAGAACUUCUUGCCCGCGAACAAGGACCUCACGCUUACGAAGAUCACGGAAAGUCUGAUGGACCCUCAAAAUGCAUCUACGAGCGCAUUGCAGAAGACAGAGGGCUUCCUUUACUUCGAUCCUCGAUCUGCCAACGCCCGCGGAACGAUGCCUCCCAGCGCCAAGGAUGCACGCUCAGGCACGCAGGAGAAGCGAGGCAUCGACCCGUCCUUUGGCCAGCGAAGGCAAGGCUUUAGUGAAGCUAUUGUCUUUACCGUCGGAGGUGGUAGCAUGGACGAGUAUGGCAAUCUGCAAGACUGGGCAAAGCGGACGAGCACUUCCAGUGGAGCAGCUAGCGCCGUCAGCAGAAAGAGGGUUGUCUACGGCAGCACGGAGCUGGUCAACGCUGAGACCUUCUUGCAAGAACUUAGGAAACUUGGAACAGAGAGUGCAUAG